AUGAACCUGACCACCGUGUUCCCCCCAGCCCAUAACGUUAUGAGUCGUGACCCAGUGAGCGAUGAGCUGCGAGCGUCCAUGACAAUCGCCUUCUCGCUGUGUCUUCACACCAGCAUCAUCACCACGGGAUGCGUCACCAACGUCAUCAACGCCAUCAUCUUCCUCAGACUGGGACUGUCCGACAGCAUCUCCGUCUCCUUUUUCUUCUUGGCAAUCUCAGACUUCGUCAUUCUCUUCCAGAAUCUUCUCGCACGCGUGUUUGGGAUCCUGGACUCGUACCUCGGCGUCAAUUUCGGAAUGUUGGACAUCCGAAGUCUGGGUUUUUUGUUAACAACAUUCGCCAGCGUCCCUUAUGACAUAACGGUCUGCAUCACGCUGUACACAGCUGUACAGAAAUGCUGCUGCGUCGUGUUCCCCUUUCGGUUUAAUCGAGUGUUUACGCGGAGCCGCAGCAUUUUCAUCAACAUCUUUAUCUACCUUGUUGUCGUCUGUUAUCACAUACCUGCGAUCGCCAGCCAACACCUCAGACUAGUACGGAACCCCUCCAGCAACUCUACAAAACUCUCCGUCUGGUUUUCCCCUGACAGAAAUCGAAACGUCGCAGCUCUCGGCCUUCUCCGAAAUGUCGUGAUUACCACGGCAGAAAUUGUCGUCUCUUUCUGUGUGAUUGUUUUCGCUUACAAGCUGAAGGCAUCUUCUCAAUUCCAUUCGAUACGUGCUAAAGGGGAAUUCCCGUCUCAGAAAGAAGAAGGUACUGUCGAUCCUGAGAUCGAAGAAAAUGGCAAAACACGUGGAAAUGAAACAGACACCAAGCGGAAAAACAAAACUGGACAAAACGGACAUCAAACGAGUAGUGGGGAAGGAAGAGUUGGAUCAUCGCGUAAGAAUCAAACAAGUAAAGAAGUCCGCGCUACACAAGCCGUCACAAUGGUGUCCACUCUGUUCGUCUCAUGCACUUUGACCUCUGUGGUCAUCAUCUACGUCAGCUUGCUGUACCCAGCGUUCUCCCCGAGGGGAGAGUUGGUCAACUUGUAUUACGUUACUGUCCAAGUCCGCCUCACUCUCAUCUUCGCCUGGCUCUCUCUGAACAUCGUUGUUUACUGCGCCUACAACACCAGAUUCCGGAACGAGCUGUUCAAAAUCUUCUGUCCUAAGAGUCAGUAG